AGAAAUUAGCAGUUUAUUCAGAUGUUUGGAACUGAAUUACAACAGUGUCUUAUGAGUUAGCUGCUAACCCCAAACUUAAUGAAUUACAUUAAUUAAAACUCAUAAUUGAAGGAUUGCUUUCAACUCUCGAAUUUAUUAAGUAAGAAUAACUAUAUCUGUCACACAUAUAUUUCAAUGCUUUUAUAUUUGUUUGUUUGGCUAUUUUGUUAGAUUUUUCAUCUUUGAUGAAUGGAAUUGAAAUGCUUUCGUAUUUACCAAAUGCUGGAUAAUCACAACCAUAGCCAAACCCGUUAAACAAUUAAUAAUAAGUGAAUUAAACUUAGAAGAUAAAAAACAAUGCAGAUAAUCCAAUAACAGUAGAUGAUGAUGAACCAGUAUAACCUGUUAAGAAGUGUCAUAACUCUUAAUGUAAGAAUGUUGGAGAUAAGAAAAUUAAAUCAAAGAGACAUGAUAUAUUAUUCUUUUGUGACAAAUGUUCUAAAUUAUAUAAUAAAGGAAAUUAUUGUGAUUUUUGCGAACAAGUAUUAAUAUCCUUAUUCAUUUAUUUUAGGUAUAUGGAUCUUAUGAUGAUGAAGCUGGUUGGGUUCAAUGUGAUUAAUGUUAAAAAUGGGUAUAUCACAUUAUUAAUAUUUAAAAUAGAAUCACAUUGUUUGUGAAAAAAAAAAUAGAAAUUAAAAUAUUGAGAAUGAACCAGAAACUACUCCAUAUCAUUGUUUAAAUUGUUCUAAAAACAUCAAGAAGACUAAACCAGUAAUGAAAAAAUCUGAGGAACUUCCUAUUUAGAAAUAACGUCCCAUUCCUGAACAAGAAGAUUCUAAAAAUAAAGAAAAAAACAUCACAUUUGUGGCUACAAAAGAUAAUAAAAUAUAAUAUAGUGAAUAUAUAUCAAUUAUAGCUUAGCUUACCGAUUAAAUUUGUUAGAGGAGGAAAUCAAGUUAGAUUUGGAUCUCCUAAGGAAUUCGCUUAAAAAGGUUAAGAAAUUAUAAUUGUAAUCUCCACUUCAAACUUUACAAUAGCAUAUAACAUCGUCUCAAUAAUUAAGUCAAUAGUCCUUAUAACAACAGGAAGUAUUUAUAUAAUCUUAUUCUAAGGUUAAAGAGCAAUCUUAAUUGAACAAUCGAAGUUUAAGAAGAAGAAUAAAUUAAAAGUUGAAUUACAGAGAUUUGGUUGGGGAAUAUUGA